AUGGGAGGUGUCACCGUCAUGUCUCUCUUCCUUCUCCUCAUCGCCACCGCCAAUGCCGCCGUCGUCUCAUUCCGUGACGGUAUGUUACCGAACGGCGAUUUCGAGCUAGGACCAAAGGCAUCGGACAUGAAAGGAACAGAGGUCGUAAACAAAAUGGCAAUCCCGAACUGGGAAGUCACGGGCUUCGUCGAGUACAUAAGCUCAGGACACAAACAAGGAGACAUGCUUCUCGUCGUCCCCGCCGGAAAAUUCGCCGUCAGGCUCGGAAACGAAGCAUCGAUCAAGCAGAGACUUAAAGUGGUGAAAGGAAUGUAUUACUCGCUGACAUUCAGCGCCGCGAGGACUUGCGCUCAGGACGAGCGUCUCAACAUCUCCGUCGCACCUGACUCCGGCGUGAUUCCGGUGCAGACGGUGUACAGUAGCAGUGGUUGGGAUCUAUACGCGUGGGCGUUUCAGGCGGAGAGUGAGGUCGCUGAUAUAGUGAUUCAUAAUCCAGGCGAGGAAGAAGAUCCAGCUUGUGGACCACUCAUUGAUGGUAUUGCCAUGAGAUCUCUUUACCCUCCCCGACCAACCAACAAGAACAUUUUGAAAAACGGAGGAUUUGAAGAAGGUCCACUAGUACUCCCCGGAGCGACCACCGGAGUUUUGAUCCCGCCGUUCAUAGAAGACGACCACUCUCCAUUACCAGGUUGGAUGGUGGAGUCUCUCAAAGCCGUCAAAUACGUAGACACCGAACACUUCUCAGUCCCACAGGGUCGUCGAGCGAUUGAGCUAGUGGCGGGGAAAGAGAGCGCCAUCGCUCAAGUGGCUCGGACAGUUAUUGGGAAGACUUACGUUCUGUCUUUUGCGGUUGGAGACGCAAACAACGCUUGCAAAGGAUCAAUGGUGGUCGAGGCCUUUGCAGGGAAAGAUACGCUCAAGGUACCUUACGAGUCUCGUGGCACGGGAGGGUUUAAACGGGCUUCGAUCCGGUUUGUGGCGGUUUCGACAAGAACUAGAGUUAUGUUUUACAGCACUUUCUAUGCCAUGAGAAGUGAUGAUUUCUCGUCUUUGUGUGGACCUGUGAUCGACGACGUCAAGCUUAUUAGCGUUCCAGAGCUUCAUAACGUGUGUUGGUUCGAGAUACGUGGCAAGAUAAGUAGCAAAAUGCUGUCAAAAGGAACGCAUCACUCGGUGUACGCAGUGUUCAAGAGAGCAAGCCAUAGAUCACACGGGUUUGAUCACACACCUGUGGAGGCCGGGUUUGUAGGGAAAGAAGCUACGAAGACGUUUGUGUUUCUAGAAGACGGGGGUUGUGGUGAUGGGGGUUGUGAUGAUGGUGAUGAGAUAAGAUAA